AUGUCCGAUCUAUACCUUUCGAACCUUAGGAAUUGGUUCUGGAAGUCACCACCGGCAGCAUGGCUGAUGAAAGGGGCAAGAGAAGUGCUCAUUGGUACCCUCAAGCAAGGGCCAAUCCCCCGACAUGUCGCCUUCGAGAUGGAUGGAAAUCGGCGCUUUGCCAAGAACCACAAGAUCGAAACGAUAGAAGGCCACCACCUGGGCUUUGAGGCCCUGGCAAGGGUCUUAGAGAUAUGUUACAAGUGCGGCGUCAAAGUUGUUACCGUCUAUGCAUUCAGCAUCGAGAACUUCAAUCGACCGCGACCUGAAGUCGAUGGUUUGAUGGCAAUGGCCAAGAUUAAGUUAGAGCAGCUCAUUCAGCAUGGUGAGCUACUCGAUCGGUAUGGUGCAGGAAUUCGCGUGCUGGGAGAGCGAUCUAUGAUCCCGCCGGACGUCUUGCCGUUUGUCGAUCGAGCCAUCGAAAUGACCAAGCACAACAAAGACGCGGUCCUCAAUAUAUGCUUCCCUUACACGUCGAGGGCCGAGAUGACGAGCGCGAUCCGGGCUACGGUAGAUGAAUACACGACACCCACUCGACCGUCGAACAGCCCCUUUUCGCAAACACGAAUCAGCCAAAAGAUACGAUCGAACCAGUCCAAGAAGGCGAGCUCGCUUGCUCCGAUCAGGGAAGCGUCCCCAGAUGCUAGUGCCACAGAUACCGCUCCCAAGUCAGAUGUGGAUGACUCGAUGUCCUCAACUACUGCUUUGGACCAUGAGUCACCUCCUCUGCCGUCAACGUCGGCCAAGCCUCCCAGGCUCCCCGACCCAGAGAAGAUCACGGCCGAGACAAUCAACAGCCAUACCUACACUGCCGAUUGCCCGCCGCUCGAUAUCUUCAUCCGAACUAGUAAUGUCACGAGGCUGAGCGACUUUAUGUUGUGGCAGUGCCAUGAAGACGCGCACAUCUUCUUCCUGAAGUGCUUCUGGCCCGAGUUUGACUUGUGGCACUUUGUACCAGUUCUUCUGGAAUGGCAGUGGCGGAAGAAGAAGUUGACUGAGAAAUAG